AUGGCAAGGUUUCACGGAAACCGCGAAAUGACUACAAGAGGGAACAUACGCCUUUCAGUAAGCGAUAAGGGUGGGGAAUUCGAAGUCAUGUCACAGGCUCUUGAUCGGGAAAUAACAAAUCUUCACUUGCAAGAUGAAACGAUCUAUCGCCGCGUAACAGAUAAAGAAUUCCUUGUGCAGUGCAAACGCUUAAAUCAUGUAUGGAUGUCUAUGGGAAAAUCUGCUGGUCUUGACGAACGAUUUGUAAGCCACCUAAAGCUUGACAAACCGACCUGCCCUGUGUUCUAUAGCCUCAUCAAAACGCAUAAGCUGAAACCCGAUGAGAUCAACUCAACAUCAGUGGCAACAUUCAAAAUCCGACCAAUAAUAAGUUGUGUGGGAGGACCAACGGAUCGAAUUUCGUGGUUCCUUAAUAAAAUCGUGGGUCAAAUUUUGCCUAAAAUACCAUCUCAUUUGUCGAACACGCACCAUUUCCUUGAGCGAUUACGCAACGCGGGAGUUGAGGGUAACUGCGUAAUAGAGUCCUUUGAUGUAACCUCACUCUACACGAAUGUAAAAAACAGUGAGGCCCUGCAAGCUCUCUCUGAGAUGAUAGAUUUAUAUGGUAACAACCUGGAAACAUAUGGACCAAGUAAAUUUCGCAUAAUAACACUUAUCAAGGAAUGCCUGAAUUGUAAAAUCUUCAGGUGGUCGGGAAACUAUUUUGCGCAACUGAGAGGGCUAGCAAUGGGUCAACGAUUAGCACCAGACUGGCGAUCUGCUUCAUGA